AUGAAGUUGAGUGGGAAAGGACUGUGCACCGUGUGCUCCGGCAGCCUCCUGUUCGCGUGCGCCCUGAGCGAAGUGGUGGUCGGGUUAAGAUGCGUGUCGCUCGGCUCCACCGUGAAGGCGCAGUUCCACCUCGGCACCGCGGCGGGGGCUUUCUACUCGGGGCUGCUGGUGGGGGUCGGCCAGGUGCUGCUGGGCUCCGCGCUGCUGUGCUGCGCGGAGAAACCCGGCUGCAGGAAUUUCUUUCUCCUGGGUGUUGUUGUCUUCCUGCUGGGAGUCCUGACCGCCUUCUCCGGCGCGGUGGUGGACGGGGACACGGCUUCUCUGGUGGAGAGGAAGUUCUCCCACUACUGCUUCCACUCUGUGACUGGGAACGCUGGCUGCGAGCAGCUGCGGGAGUACCAGCGGAGCCUGCUCAUCUCCACGGUGCUCAGCACCAUGGAGUGCCUCCUGGGGCUCAUCAACCUCAUGGUCAUCAAGCGCUACAAGGCUGCGCACGCGUCCCGGGGCCGGCGGGCGCACAGGCAGGGCUCCGGGGCCACCGUCUUCAGGGAGGAGCGGGACUGCUCCUCGGUGGCUUUCCAGCCGGUGUCUUACAUCAACCUGGGGGGGUUCACUGUGUUUGAUGAGACGGGGGCUGAAGUGCAGCGUGGGGGGCACCCGUCCAUCGAGCUGCCCGGAUACGCGCCCUCGGACCCGGAGCUCAACCGCUGCUUCCCCUUCUCCCACCGGCUGCCCAGCGAGCAGCCGCCCGCCUAUGACGACAUUUUCCCCGCAGAGACGAGCAACACAUAG